AUGGAGUGUGCCAACUGUGAACUCAGGCAGCGACAAUUCUAUUGCGAGAACUGUCUCAGACAGCAUUUGCUUUCCUUCCGCCUACAGACCCAGCAUGCCGCAACGGACCGAGAUGCUCGCAUUGCCGAUGCACAGAGAUCCCUGGCCACCGCAGUCGAGCCCGCACGGUUGAGACGUGCUGAACUGAAGAGUCUCGAAGAGCGUGUCCAGGAGGUUUGGGAUGGAGUGAACGGGCUGAGGUCCACAAACGAUCAACUUCGAGAACGGAUCCAUAAUUUAAGGGGUUCUCUUGCCACUCGUCGUCGGACUCUUGCGAAUGCUUCAUCCCUCUGCAACACUCAAUCCUCUUCCGCCUCUUCAACAUCUUCAUCUGCGUCCCCACCGCAUGCUUUGUCCAGCUCUCCUCAGAUUCGCAGGGCGAGUUCAUCCUCCCACUCCUCCACUCCCCCGCCAUCCGCAACACGGCCCACGUCCAUCUCUCGCCCGCUGAGCUCCAACUUCUUCACCGCGUCGUCCCCGCAAUCCGCACGAUCACCCCUCUCCAUCGGAACCAGCCCCCCGCAGAACUUCUCGCGCCCCUCGUUUCUCUCCGGGGCACACACAAACCCGUACGGCUUCGCACAGGGACGGACGAUCUCUGGGAGCGCGCCGUAUGGCACACCGAUCUCGACGCGGGGCAUCGACCCGGUCGCACGGCAGAUCGAGGAGCUGCAAGCGCAGAUGACCGCGCUCUCGGACACGAUCGCUCGUGCGCGGUCGGGGCUCGUGCAGGAGCUCGUCGAGGUGUUCAGCGUCGUGGAGGUCGGCGGGCGCCCUCCUCUGGGCGGGAAGGCGGGGACAAAGGGAGAGUGGACCAUCGGGGGGCUUGUCCUCCCCGUGCCGGGAGAUAUCCGACGAUAUCCUCCCGACCACAUCAACGCGGUGUUGACGCAUACAAUCCACUUCGUAACGCUGCUUGCGUUUUACUUGGGCAUCAAGCUUCCCUUUGAGAUCGUGUGGAGUAGAUCGUCCAUCCCGCCGACUACGGGCAAAGGCAGCGGACUACUCGGAGUGGGAAUCCCAUGGAUUGGUGCGAUUCGAGGUGCGGAAAAUGGUGGUUGGGCGAGAUGGUCCUCCAAACAGCCCUUACACGUCACCUCCGCACCACCCGCACCAGCACCCUCACCCACGUCCUCCCCCUCACCAUCUCGUCCGUCCCCCACCCGCUCAGCAACCUCGCCAGCCUCCUCCGGCGCGCCCACCUCCCCCGCCUCCCCCACACGCCCCUCCGCGCUCAGCGCGUCGCUCGCAGACUCGCACCUCGCCGACGGCCCGCCCCCGAGCGCGUCCUCGCCCGGGAGCGCGUUCACGAGCGCGCUCGCGAUGCUCCUCUACGACGUCUGCUACCUCGCGCACACCCAGGCCGUCGACGUCCCGCUCGCGCACGCCGGCGACGCGCUCGGCAACCUGUGGGCCGUCUGCUGCUCGCCGGAGCUCGGCCGGCGCGCGCACGCGACGCGGCCGCUCCUCCCGCCGCCGACGCCGCCCGGGUUCCCGCUCGACUUCGCGCAGCUGCUGCAGGCGACGGCGGCGACGCCCGCGCGGGCGAGGGCGCGCGGGACGAGCGGGAAGGGCGUCGGGCGGGAGGUGCGCACGGAGCGGAUCGUGGAGGAGGACGAAGGGUGGGACCUGCUCGAGGCGGACUUGGAAUAG